AUGAUGCCGCCUACCCAUGAAUCCAAACUGUUACACUUCCUGCCACUUUGGCGCUUAUUUCCCUCCUGCUGUUUGCAACACUGGUUCGCUGUCGAGUUGCAAACCCAUCCUCCCGAAAAGAGGUAUCAAGUUGCUAUCCGGGACCUGAUUCCACGUCUCUACCGGAACACCAAUCGUGGUGGGGUAUCAAAUGCUUCUGAGUUGCAAGCGUUAGAGUCCACAUUCAAUCAGGGACUUCAGACAAUUGUUUCUCUAAACAUGUCCCCGAUCAAUCCGGAACAUACUUUACAGGAGGUGAAGCCACACAUCUCCAAUUCAAAACAAGAUCGAGUUAGUCAUUCGCCUAGUGCACUGGUUCCACAACAGCUUCAAGUUAACCGCGGCGUACUAUCUGUCCGAUUCGAAUCAUCUGACAAAAUUUAUUCAUCUAAGCAGUCUCAAAGUCAUCGCGCACCAUUGCCACAAACUAUAAAGACCACUGGUCCCCGUCACCAUCGAGCGCCACCGCAAACGGACAAUUCAGCUGGCUUUGUCGCGAACCACACACGUCGUUGGCGUCCUUGCACUGCAUCCGCUCAGCCGCAGAACCCACCUAGGUCUGAUACGUCUCAUUAG